AUGGUGCACUUGCUUGCAAACUUCAAGAAGACCUACAAGAGUUUUAGUUUGCAGAAUCAUCUUUGGAAUGCAGCUAAAUGUUACAAGAAAAAGCAUUUUGAGGAACAUAUGGCCAAGAUGAAGGCUGAGAAUGCUGAUGCUGCUUGGUAUCUCUUGAAAGAAGAAAAACCACAAACCUGGUCCAGGUCCCAUUUCGAAAAAGACAGCAAAUGUGAGCACCUUAAUAAUAACUUUUCUGAGUCCUUCAACAAUAUGGCAAAGAAGAUGAGGGAUAAGCCCAUCUGCAAGUUAGGCCUGAUGUAUGGAGAUCUGGUGAUGAAUACUUGGUAUAAGAGAAGAAAUGAGUCUGCAAAAUGGAGAGAUGGUGACAUAGUUCCUAAAGCAAUGAAGUUGAUAGAAAAGAUGAUAGCUUUGAAUCCUAAUUUUAAGUUGGUUCCAGCUGUGAAGUACAAAGUCUAUGAAGUGAUUAGUGUGCAUGAAGCAGUUUUUAUUAUGGAUCUUGAGAAGAAAAUUUGUAGCUGUUUGCAAUGGGAGUUAAGGGGAUUUCCAUGCCAGCAUGAUGUAUGUGCUUUGGCUCCAAUGAGACCUAACUGGGCUGAGUUAGUUUCCUAA